AUGAAGGAUUCGAAAAGGAGAUUUGGAGAAGAGGCGGAGCGAGAGGCCAGCCCAACAUUAAUUUACCUGGUCGUUACAUUCCACGGACGAAGGUCCUUCCCCAACAACCCCAAGGAGCACAACGGCGCCAUCUCCAUCACCAGUCUUUUUCACUGGGAGGGAAAAUAUGAAGAGGAUCUUGGCACUUGCACUAGCAUAUUACCUUCGACGAUGAAUAUUCAACAUGACCAUCCCGUCUGUGUCUACCAAGCUGUCGGCCAGGAUGCCGACACCGUAAGGAAGCUGACUGACGACAGCGCCAUUCCGCUAGCGUCGCCGUUUUCCAAGUUGACCAAAGUAUAG